AGUGACAUAAACACACAACAUAGAGAGAGAGAGAGAGAGAGAGAGAGAGAGAGAGAGAGAGAGAGAUUGACCAUGAAAAGGGCCGGCGCCAAAUCCUAUUGACUUCAAUUACUCACCAAUGACACACAAACACACACACAACACUAUCUUACACACACACACACACAUAUAUAUAUAUAUAGUUAUAAAUAUGGGGCUGGCUACCUCACCACAACACCAAUUAAACCUAGAACUCAUAAUCAUUUUCUUGAAAAUUAAACAGUCUCUCUUGCUACAUCAAAAACUCAUAAUCAUAAUUUUGUUGAACAUCAUUCAAAAGCCACACAUAUACAGACAUAUAUAUCGAAGAGUAUCAAUCAAGAAUGGGAAGAUCACCAUGCUGUGAUAAAGAUGGGCUGAAGAAAGGUCCGUGGACGCCGGAGGAAGACAUCAAGCUCAUCCAAUACAUCCAAAUCCACGGCGCCGGCAAUUGGAGAAUUCUCCCCAAGAACGCCGGGCUUCAGAGAUGUGGGAAGAGCUGCCGUCUGCGUUGGACCAACUAUCUGAGGCCUGAUAUCAAAAGAGGAAGGUUUUCUUUUGAAGAAGAGGAAAGUAUCAUCCAACUACAUAGCGUUCUUGGCAACAAGUGGUCCGCGAUCGCGGCUCGUCUGCCGGGACGAACGGACAAUGAGAUCAAGAACUAUUGGAACACGCACAUAAGAAAGAGGCUCCUAAGGAACGGGAUCGACCCGGUCACUCACGCCCCGCGGCUCGACCUACUAGAUCUAUCAUCAAUACUCGGCUCGCCUCAACUCGAUUUAUCGAACCUCCUCCGCCUGCAGACCCUUCUCAACCCACAAGGGCUCAGGCUCGCUUUGAGCCUCCUAUCAUCAUCCAAUGUUGAAAACCCUAAUAUCUUAUUGCACAAGCAGCUUCAAGAAAACCGCCUCUUGGAAUUGGAUUCACACCAUAAUCAAGCCCCAAUUUUCCAACCUAAUCGCUUUGAAAACGUUGUUGGCCAACAAAAUCCAUCAAAUCCUGAAGAUUCUUCACGUCCAAAUCAACCUCAAUCUGUACAAAAUAACCUAGGACAAUUAUCUACCACCUCUCCUAGCUCAAGUGGCCAAGCCUUCCAAAAUUAUUGUCCCACAAAUGAAAAUAUUCCGAUUGAUGGUUCGAAUUUUUUCUAUGGAGUUUGCGAUCAAAUGAAGGCGGUGGCGGACUUGUCGGAGAAUUCGAGCUUCGAUUCGGUUCUGUCGACGCCAUCGGCCUCGACGUUUGUCAACGGGAGCACGGAAGAUGAGAAGGAAAGCUUUUGCAGUAAUCUAUUGAGGUUUGAGAUUCCAGAGAGUUUAGAUCAAUUAGAUUAUUUCAUGUAAAUAUUGUUGUGUUGUGUAAUUAGAAAUGGACCCUUUUUCUGUUUUUUGGUGAUUAGGUCCAUUUUAUGUGAUAGAAGCUAGGGUUUGUAGCAGUAUUUUAUGUGUGAGCUUAUUUAUGUACAUUAAUGUUUGCAGUUUUAAUUUGCAUAUGCUCCUUAAUCA